AUGUCUAACCAAGAAAACAUGAACGACAUUGCGUCGGCGUUCGAAAUUUUGAGCGACUCUAACAGUCGCAGAGACUUGGCGGGGAACUCUGCCGGGUUAUCCAAAAGGAUGUCCCAGAGAACCCAGAUUUUCGACCCCACGCUCGAGAAAAUGGGCGAAGAAGAAGAUGAAGAGCCAGCCAAAAAUUGGUGGACUAGAUUCCUGCGAUUUGUAGAAGUCAAACAGCAUCAUAGUGCGUCAAACCGUCGUUCCGAGGGGAUCGUAGAAUCGUUCUUGUAUAACGACGACUUGGCUCCUGUCGAUGCGGCCAGAAGAGUCUGGGGUUGGAAGCAAUAUGUGUUCUUCUGGAUUUCAGGCUCUUUCAACGUCAAUACAUGGCAGAUUUCAGCGACAGGUUUGCAAUUGGGUUUGAGUUGGUGGCAGACUUGGAUUUGUAUUUGGAUCGGGUACGUUUCUGUCGCAUUAUUCGUCGUUGUUGGAUCCAGGAUCGGUAAUUUCUACCAUAUUUCGUUUCCAAUCUCUUCUAGAAUUUCGUUUGGUGUCUACUUUUCGCUGUGGGUUGUGCUGAACAGAGUGGUGAUGGCGUGCGUUUGGUAUAGUGUUCAGACGUAUAUCGGUUCGCAAACGGUGCAACUGAUGCUGAUGUCGAUUUUCGGAACGGAUCUCACGACACGGAUCAAAAACACCAUGAAUACUCCUAACAUCAAUACUUUCCAGUUCAUGUGUUUCAUGCUUUUCUGGGGCGCGCAAUUACCUGCGCUGUGGUUCCCACCUCAAACGCUUCGGUACUUGUUUACUUUCAAGAGUAUCGUAACUCCGUUUGCGGCAUUCGGAUUCUUGAUCUGGACGCUGAAAAAGGCACAUGGUAACUUGGCAUUGGGAUCUCUCAACGAAUUAAAACCAACAGGUGCCGUUCUUGGUUGGAAUUUUGUGAUAAGUAUUAUGAGUGCUUUGGACAAUUUCUCGACUUUGAUUUUGAACGCACCCGAUUUCUCUCGUUUUGCCAAGACGGAAAAAUCUUCCAUUUAUUCUCAGUUGUUCAUUCUUCCCAUAAUGUACGCCAUUAUCUCUAUCAUUGGAAUUCUGGUGACCUCUGCUGCUUAUACCAUGUACGGUGUCAAUUACUGGUCUCCGCUAGACGUUUUGGCCCAGUUUUUAAACCAUUUCACAUCUGGUAACAGGGCAGGCGUGUUUUUAAUUUCGUUUGCUUUUGGUAUCGCGCAAUUGGGUACUAACAUUGCAUCUAACUCGAUUUCUGCCGGUACUGACAUGACCGCGCUUUUGCCUAAGUUCAUUAACAUCAGAAGAGGGUCCUACAUUUGUGCCGCUAUUUCGCUGGCCAUCUGCCCUUGGAACCUGAUGUCGUCUUCGUCUAAAUUCACAACGGCACUUGCGGCCUACGCCGUGUUCUUGUCCUCGAUCGCCGGUGUCGUCGCGUCGGACUACUACGUUGUCAGAAAGGGCCUCAUCAGACUACAGCACUGCUUCACAAACAAACCAAACACACUAUACAUGUACGGAUCUCGGUUUGGUACGAACUGGAGGGCCGUUGCCGCAUACGUUAUCGGUAUCGUGCCUAACUUCCCCGGUUUCAUCGGAUCCGUGGGCCCCAAAGUUCCUGAGAAUGCCAUGCGUGUAUACUACCUCAAUUACUUUGUUGGGUUCCUGGUGUCGUUUCUGGUUUACGCUGUGCUUUGCUAUUUCUGGAGAGUGCCUGGCAUGCCCGAGGGCGUCGGCUUCUUCGAUUUUUCAACGUGGUUCGAAAAGUGGACCGAGGUCGAGGACUUUGCCGAGCAAAGAAGGAAGUUCGAGCUACACGGCGCAGAGGUCGAUUUCGACGAGGAGUCUUCUACCUCUUACGUGAGCAUCACCGAACCAGGCAAGGUAUGA